AACAAAAGGAAUACAUUAAGGACACACGAGAGAUUAAAGUUGAAGAAGCAGUUGCCAUUUUCCUUAUAAUUGUUGGUCAAAAUGUGGGAAUGAGACUUAUAGCUGACCGAUUUCAACAUUCGCUUGAAACUAUUGAUAGGCACUUCCAUUUAACAUUAAAGGCAAUAUGUAAAUUAGGACAGGAUAUCAUUCGACCAACUCAAUCUUCGUUACCUUCUCAUAUUGUCAACUCCUCAAAAUACUACCCAUGGUUUCAGAAUUGCAUUGGUGCCAUUGAUGGAACACAUGUGAGUGCAUGUGUCCCUACAGAUAAGCAAGUCAGUUACAGAGGCCGAAAAAACGUGGUAACACAAAAUGUCUUGUGUGCUUGUAACUUUGAAAUGUUCUUUACUUUUGUAUCUGCUAGUUGGGAGGGCACCGCAAAUGAUUCCAGGGUGUUUAUAGAUGCAAUUACACAACCUAAAUAUAAGUUUCCAUUGCCUAAAGAAGGUGAAUACUAUGUUUUGGAUUCUGGGUUUCCAUGCACAAAAGGUUUUCUCCCACCAUAUCGUGGUGAAAGAUAUCAUUUGCAAGAAUACAAUAAUGGACGUAAUCGACCACGUGGUAUGAAAGAACUAUUCAAUUAUAGGCAUUCUUCUCUUAGGAAUGUCAUUGAACGGUGCUUUGGUGUACUAAAAGCACGUUUUCCUAUAUUGAAGAUGAUGCCACCUUACAAAUUGAGUAGACAACCUUUGAUAGUUAUUGCUUGCUGCACUCUUCAUAAUUUUAUUCGUCAAUGCACAGAGUAUGAUCAUAUGUUUAGAGAAUGGGAAGAGAAAGAACUUGAGAGUGAAGACAACUUAGAGGAAGCAAACACUAGUGUGUCAAGAUGUGAAGUCAAUUUAUCUGAUGAAUCUGCUGCAGCAAUGGCAAGAUGUCAAGAUCGUAUUGCUCAAGCUAUGUGGACAGCUUAUAAUAAUAUAAAUUAG